AUGGAGAGGGAGGAGCGAAAAGCUCAGCCUGUGGCUGAGAAGGCCUUACGCGAAGCCAAGCAAGCGCUUGAGGAGAGGGCUCAGAUGGAAUGGGCCUUAUCUGACAACCACAAGCACGUCCGCAUCAUGAGCCUGAGUGCCAGCAACACUGUGAGACCUCGCUUUGCCGGCGGUGCCAUUCUGCUACUCUGCAAGGACGACAUGGAAGGCCUUCUUUGGCACAGAGAAGAGUUGCAGUCGCAGUUCCACCAACUCAAGAAAGGAAUGAUUGUGUUCUCCCCAGUACUUUCAUAUUUGGUGGAGUCAUGCCUUGAAGGCAAUAGUCGUCCCCGGAGACCCUGCGAGCCGAUCAAAUUUUCAAUGGGCUGGAAGUCCCGCUCGAGCGGAGCGAGAGGUGGACCUUGGAAGUGA